AUAGCCGAUCUCAAAAGCUUUAUCCUCUUCAUUUACUUCUCCUCCAUCUCACCACAUCAAACACACACACUUAUACGCGUAUAUAAUACACAUAAUAUACAGAGAGAGAGUCCCCAUGCACCGUUCUUAUAAACCAAUCAUCUUACUUCAACAAAAACACAACAAUUGUCUUAAAUUCUCCUUUCGUUUCCAACACUAGUCUCAUCACUACUACCACAAGAAGCUUCAUUCAUUACUACUACUAGCCACCACAAGAACUCGAAGAAGCUUCUUCAUUCACCACUACAUUCACAAUCACAGAUCUCUUGUUUCCCAAACUAAGAAGAAGAAAACAAAAAAAUGCAGCAAAACUCUCUUCUUCUUGCUCUGUUUCUCCUCUGUUUCUCAAUCCGGUCCGGUUCGGGUCAAAGUGACGAUCUUCGAACUCUUCUCGAACUCAAGAACUCUUUCGUCACAAACCCAAAAGACGAAACCAUUCUCCGAACUUGGAAUGCAGAUGAUCCCAAUUUCUGCAACUGGACCGGGGUCACAUGCGGUGGUAGUGUAAUCAUCGGUUUAAAUCUCUCCAGUUUAGGCUUAACCGGGUCAAUUUCACCAUCGAUUGGCCGGUUUAAUAACCUAACCCACAUCGAUCUGUCUUCGAACCGUCUCGUUGGUCCCAUCCCAACGACUCUCUCCAACCUCUCCGCUUCGUUGGAAACGUUACAUCUCUUCUCUAACCGACUCAGCGGCGAGAUACCGAGUCAGCUCGGCUCGCUCGUGAAUCUCAAGUCGUUAAAACUCGGAGACAACGAACUCAACGGUUCGAUCCCGGAGACGUUUGGGAACCUCGUCAGUCUCCGGAUGCUUGCGUUAGCCUCGUGUAGACUCACCGGUACAAUACCGAGUCAGCUGGGGAGACUCGUUCAGCUCCAGGCUUUGAUACUACAAGACAACGAGCUCGAAGGACUGAUUCCGCCGGAUAUUGGUAACUGCACCAGCCUCGUUUUGAUUACCGCGGCGGUGAAUCGUCUCAACGGAUCGUUACCGGCGGAGCUGAGUCGACUCAUCUCUUGUUUCCCAAACUAA